GACGCAGUUGCCUCAUUUCAUCGCCGGGCUUCAUGGCUGCAGGAUGGACUCUCAUCAGCAGCAUCAUCAGCAUCUCUUCCUCCUGCUGCCACCGGGGACUCUUCUUCAUCCAGCAAGUGUGGCGGGAACAGAGGCUCUUCUGCGAUGCACAACUUCCCCCCUGCUGACAUGUCCAGUUGUGAGGGUUCCUAGCGACCCUCUGUAGAGACAGCAGUGGACAGGUUGGAGGUCCCUCGCACAUCAAUGUCUCUCACUCCGAGUCGAAAGCCCAGCUCCUCAGGUCAGCGCAGGCGUUCAGUGGAGACCAAUGUAGGCAGUGGGCGGUGUUCCCACAGUGACUCAUCCAGCACUCACACCUACCCUGGUCGGGUUAGGACAGCAGAUGGCAGUCCCACAGCCCGGACGUAUCCAAGUACACCCAGGCGUCAGGCAAAGCACACAGCGUGCAGCGACAACCAUGGGAUCAGGACUCCAACCCCGGAGCAGUACCUCACUCCUCUGCAGCAGAAGGAGGUGUGUAUACGACAUCUACGAGCCAGGCUGAGGGACAACGUGGAGAGACUGCAAACCAGAGACUGUGAAAUAGACGACUUGAGGACACAGCUGUACAGGAUGCAGGAGGACUGGAUUGAGGAGGAGUGUCACCGGGUGGAGGCCCAGUUGGCCCUUAAAGAGGCUCGCAAGGAGAUCCAGCAUCUUCACGAGGUGAUGGAGUCAGUGCGGUCCAACGUAGGUGUCCGUGAACAAGACCCGCAUGAGCCUAAGCCUUACUCAGGUUUGCACGGAGCUCGGCCGGGGGGAAGGUCUCGCUCCUGCGGGUGUUCCCCCGCCAGCACACUGAGCCGCAGCACCACCCACACCCGCAUGAGCAGUGAGGCUCUGCAGUUGGAGCGCAGCCCAAAUGCUCCCGAGUCCAGCCGGGUGUCUCGCCCAGCGGGACAGACACACCUGCUCCUGGAAGCGGCUCUCCUGUCUGAGCCGCUUCCACAGCAGAGUCACAUCCGGGCCCCCCCUGCUGUGCCGCGCUCUGCCACUUUCGAAAGACUCUGCAGCGGGGGGACCAUGUUACCAAUCUCGCACUCCUGCCACUCUCUCAGCAGCAGCUGCAAGUGCAGCGGCCACUCCUACCUACCCCAUCACCACCUGUUCCUGCACUUACCUCAGGAGGAGCCCCCGCAAACAGCUGCAGCCACUGCUACGCCCGUUUCUGAUCCCAUCCCCACUCCGAGUCCGGCGGCGGAGAGGAAACCGGAGGUGCGUUCUCAGGCCUGCAGCCCCACCAUGACCUGGCUGUGUGAGGAAACUGCAGCAGAAGAAGAGCUGAGCAUCAUUUCUCUCCCCGCAGCAGCAGUCACCCCAUCCGAAAUACAGCCAGUCCCAUCAUCUCUACCUGCUGUGUCCCCCACCGAGCAUCGCUACAGCAUCGAGCCGCUUCCAGCCGACCCACCAGAGGAUGACAAAAAGAAGCCAGCAGAGCCCCACACCUGUCAGCCCCACCCUGCAGCUCCAAUGCCUUUACAGCAGGAAGCUACAGUACUGCAGAUAGACGAGGACAAUACAGGUGAAAGUGACGGCACAAAUGAGGACAGCCCCCCCCCUCAGCUCUGCCACUGGAGCCGAUACUUCCUCGUAGAUCUACUGGCGUUGGCGAUGCCAGUGGUCCCAACGAUGGCUUGGCUGUGUCGGGGAACCCCGCGGGAAGUGAUGCCCGUAUAUCACAUCGGCUCCCUGCUGAGAGGGUGCUGUGCCGUGGCACUCCACUCGCUCCGCCGCCGGGGUGCAGGCAGGGGAUGCAGGCCUGCCAGCAUGAAUGGAACCACAUCAAUAUAAGACUCUCUGCUCCAUCUGACAUUAAGAACACAACUCCCAAAGUGUGCAGGCACCGCCACAACAAUGCUAAUUAUCCUUUAUUACAUGUUCGCCUUUGCCAUGUGUUCAAUAACUCCUCUUAUUAAGAUUUUUGAGAUUUUACUUUACUCCCUUGUGAUUUUGUGGUCAUGCCUUGCCUCAGAGUGAGAUUAGUUGUACAUUAUUAAACACUUUCAUUACUCAAGUAAAAUUGACUGCUUCUGCCUGCAGUUUAAGUGGUUUUCUCUGUAUUGGAAUUUGCAUGUAGCCCGCGGUUUGAUCGGGUUCUCUUGCUUGAAUUAAAAAGUCCCUUUUUGGAUUUAGAUGAGCCAUCCUCUAGGCAAAGACACACUAGACACUAUUUCAGGAGUGGAAAUAAAAAGGGACAGUCUCAAUCUCUUUUUUCAUCCUCACAUGUUUUUGAAGUGUGAAUAUAGAAUGAGAGAGUCAUUACCUGUAUGUGGAGACAAAGAUCUAUAAAACCAGUAAGAUUUAAAAAAAAAAAAAAAAACACCUGUACUUUUAUGGCUUAUUCAGAAAUUGUUAAUAAAGAGCAGAGUGAAUGUAGGCAGCAUAAAUGAUUUAUCUUUGUCCUUCUUUUCCCUCCAUGAACAUACUGAAUAUGAAAAAAAAAAGAAGCAGAGCAUGUGCAUCAAAUCUGGUACUCAGGUGCAGAACAAACAGAUCAUUGAUCUUUUUGCCAAUAAACUAAACAUGGGAGAGUAAAA